AUGACGACCGCCCAUAGACCCACGUUCGAUCCCGCACGCGGCAAAGAGGCCCAGCGCGGACCUGCCUAUCACCAGCGACUCCUUCCUGCGCAUACGACACUCAAACAUAGACAACCAGGUCAGGGCGGAGAUGCCGACAAGCAAAAGCGCGACCUGCGCGCCGAACUCUUGGAGGCAGAGGCGCGCUAUGCGGCGAAGAAAAACGGCACAUACGUAGAGCCGGACGCCGUGGCUGAGCCUGGAAGUGCGCCUAAGCGCCAGAUUGACAAUGUGUCAGUUGACGAAGACGGCGAAGAAGAUGAAGCAGCACAGAAACGGCGGCGAAUAGAAUUACUUGAAAAGUUCAGGGAUGUGGAUGCGGACGAUAGCAGUAGUGAGGAGGAGAGUAGCGAUGAUGAUGACGAAGACGGCGAAGGAGCCCUUCAGAGAGAGCUCGAGAAGAUCAGAAAGGAGCGUGCUGCAGCCAAAGCCAAGGAGGAGGCCGAACGAGCUGCCGAAGAGGAACAACAACGUGAAAUCGAUGUUGCUCGGGGUAACCCGCUGCUCAACGCCAAAGACUUUACCAUGAAGCGUCGAUGGGAUGAUGAUGUUGUAUUCAAGAACCAAGCACGUGGCACAGAGGACAGGAACAAGAAGAAGGAAUUUAUCAACGAUAUGCUGCGGUCCGACUUUCACAAAAAGUUCAUGUCCAAAUACGUGCGAUGA